AUGGCCCAGCCCAAUGCCGAGCCGGUAGAGGACUACGACUAUGAGGCCUUGCCGCCCAACUUCUCUCUGGCCCAGAAUAUGGCCGCCGGCGCCUUUGCCGGCAUAGCAGAGCACACCGUCAUGUACCCCAUUGACGCGAUCAAGACGCGCAUGCAACUCCUGAACUCGGGCGCCGCCUACAAGGGCAUGAUCGAAGGUACAGUCAAGAUCGCGUCGGGAGAGGGUAUCCUCAAGCUAUGGCGAGGCAUGUCCAGUGUGGUUGUCGGAGCAGGACCGGCACAUGCUGUGUACUUCGCGACCUACGAAGCAGUCAAGCACGCCAUGGGCGGCAACAAGCAAGGCGUCCACCACCCGCUUGCUGCCGCUACCAGUGGUGCUGCUGCGACCAUCGCCAGCGACGCCUUUAUGAACCCCUUCGACGUCAUCAAGCAGCGCAUGCAGAUCAAGAACUCGAGCAAGAUGUAUAGAUCCAUGCUGGACUGCGCACGCUACGUCUACAGAAACGAGGGUCUCUCUGCCUUCUACGUGUCCUAUCCGACAACGCUCUCCAUGACGGUCCCCUUCACCGCCUUGCAGUUCCUGGCGUACGAGUCGAUAUCUACUGCGAUGAACCCCGACAAGUCGUACGAUCCCUUUACGCAUUGCACCGCGGGUGCCGUCGCCGGUGGUUUUGCUGCCGCCCUCACAACCCCCAUGGAUGUCAUCAAGACCAUGUUGCAGACCCGAGGAUCUGCCACCGACCCCGAGCUACGUUCGGUCAACGGCUUCAUGGCUGGCUGCAGACUGAUGUACCAGAGAGAAGGCUUCCGGGGCUUUUUCAAGGGUGUCAAGCCUCGUAUCGUAACCACGAUGCCCAGCACGGCAAUCUGCUGGUCGGCUUAUGAGGCUUCCAAGGCUUACUUCAUCCGAAGAAACACCUCAUAA